UGCAAUCACCUUCUUCAGAGAGUCACAGCAAUUAACGGCACUGGUUUUGAGGAACUAACGGUGAAAGCAGCAUGUUAGCAAACGGGCUGAGCACGGCGAGCCGCCGGCAGCCGGAGGCUGGCGCUCGGAGCGGAUGGUGAGCAGCGGCCGGACACACCGGGCGCCGAGGAGAGGUGAUGCCAAAGCCACGGAGGAGACCAUGGCCAGGCGCGGUGCCGGGACACCCUUCCUGCUGCGGCUCUCCCUGCUCCUGCUCCUCCACCCGGGCGGGACCCUGGGCUGUGCCUCGGUAGCCGUGGGCUCACCCAUUGUGCCCCUGGGCUCGGCCGUCACGGCAUCCUGCACCAUCCAGAGCGAGCUCUGCCGUGGCUUGGAGCAGGGGAAGGUCCGAAUCACCUGGAUGCUGGACAAUGAGCCCAUGGCUGGGAGCCAGCGCCAGGGCCCUGGUGGCACCGAGGUGUCCAACCUCACCCUGCCCCAGUUCAACCGCACGCAGGCCAAGCUGUGGUGCUGGGUGGAGUGGAACGGGACCAAGCAGCGCGUUGGCAUGGCCGAGAUCAGGGCGGGCUACCCGCCUGCGAAGCCCUUCAACCUCAGCUGCGUCCUGACCCUCAGCGACUACGGGCUGACGUGCCAGUGGCAGCAGGGAGCCGACAGCCACCUCCCCACCAGCGUCGCGCUGAAGUGUGCCGGGAGCAGAGCCCAGGUGGUGACAGGCUGCACCCCGCAAGGUGACCGCAGCCACUGCACGGUGCCGCGGCGGCUGCUCCAGCUCUACCGGCAAAUGGAGAUCUGGGUGUCCGCCACCAACGCGCUGGGCACGACCGAGUCGGAGCAUCUCUACAUCGACCCCAUGGACGUCGCCAAGCUGGACCCCCCGGCCCUGCAGAGUAUCCAGUCCAUCCCAUUCCAGACCGACUGCAUUGCCCUGGCCUGGGAGGUGGCGCGGAGCAAUGCGUACAUGGAGCUGCAGUGCGAGCUGCGCUACCAGGCGGCCGAGGACCCUGCGUGGGCUCUGGUCACCGGCAUCGUCGGCCAGGCCGGCACCACACAGCACUGCGGCUUCCUCUUCGGCACGCGGUACCACUUCCAGAUGCGGUGCCGGCGGAGCUCGGCACGGGGCUACUGGAGCGAGUGGAGCCCAGGCAGGAACUACACCACCCAUGAGAAAGCCCCCACGGGGAAGCUGGACGCGUGGUGGAGCACUCGGCUGGCGGGGGUGGGCGGGCGGCUGGAGGUGCAGCUGCGCUGGAAGGCCCCACGGCGGCGGGAGGCAAAUGGGAGAGUGCUGGGGUACCGCGUCACCCUGAGCCCCCGGAGGAGGGGCAGGGACCCCCCUACCGCCUGCAACACCACCCACACCCAGUGCAACUUCUCCGUGCCGGCGGGGACCAGGAGGGUCUAUCUCUCAGUCUACAAUGCCGCCGGCGAGUCGGCAGCGACCGAGGUCGUCCUCCUGGAGAGGAAAGGUCAGCCCCUGGCCAGGCUCUGGGCUGUGCCCGGGGGCGAGCGCAGCCUCUGGGUGUGCUGGGAGAGCCCGCCGGCCCCGGUGGCCGCCUAUAUCCUGGAGUGGCAGCGGGUGUCCUCGGAGCCCGGGCGCUGCAGUGCCUGCUGGCAGAUGGAGCGUGACGGGGCGGCCACCAGAGCCCUCAUCCGGGGUAAGCCGGGGCUGCCGGGGGUCCCUGCCCUCGUGGUCGGCUGUGCAGGGGGGGCUGUACCAGGGGAUGGGCACCCCUCUUGCGCCCGCAUCCAUGGCUCACAGCCUGGCUGCCCCAGGACCAACCCCUGCCCCGAGCCUGCUCCAUACCCUCCCCGCUCGCUCUGGGUACAGCAUGGGGCAAGUGGCUGGUGCCAUGGGGCAGGCAUAGGGCAGCCAGGGGGUCUCGGCAGCCAGAGCCCCGAGCCCCUGGCCCCGCCUCUGCUCUCUGUUGCAGAUGGCAUCGAGCCUUUCCAGCAGUACAACAUCUCGGUGUACCCCCUCUACAAGGACGCCAUAGGGCUGCCCGUCCACACCGCAGCCUACUCCAAGCAGAAGGCACCAUCCUACGCCCCGAAGCUCCACCUGAAGAGCAUCAGCAAGUCUGGCGCCGAGCUGUGCUGGGACCCAGUGCCGGUUGAGAUGCAGAAUGGCUUUAUUACCAGCUACACCAUCUUUUGGGCCAACAGCACCGCAGAAGUGUCCAGUGCCACUGUGAAUCCCUCCCUCAGCUCUUUUGUCAUUCGGGAGCUGAAGCCAUCGACCCUGUACAAAGUGCACAUCAUGGCAUCCACGGCAGCCGGCAGCACCAACGGCACCAGCCUGACCCUGGUGACCAUGGUGCUAGAUGACAUUGAAAUCCAGUUUCUCUUCCUGACCCUCGCCCUAAUCUUUGUCCUGCUCAUACUUUUGCUCAUCUGCUUCCAGAAGAACGGGCGGGUGAAGCAGCAGUUCUGGCCCAACGUCCCUGACCCCGCCAACAGCAGCCUGGGCAAGUGGGUGCCGGUAGAGCUGCAGCAGGAACAUCUGCAGGUCCCCGGCACGAGGGAGCCCGGCCUGGCCACCAUUUCUACCGUCACAGUGCUGGAAAGGGCCACUUGGGGCAAGGAGCCCACCGCCGAGCCUGCCAGCCCCUUUCCCGCCAUGCCCCAACCCUACGUGCAGCAGGAGGGACUGGGCAGGCCGGGCCGUGGCUGGGCGGCAGCGGAGCCGCACCGGGGCCCCGGCGGGAGCGGGGAGACCGUCCAGUAUGCGCGGGUGGUGGGCGACGGGUACAAGGGCCAGCAGCACGCCCCGCCGCGCCUCUACCUGCGCUCCAGCUCCAGCCAGCCCCUGCUCCCCGAGCCCAGCCCCAGCCCCAAGCCCUACCAGAACCUCUGGUUCCACCGGGCCACCCCUCACGGCUGCCCGGGGGACGGGGGCUGCCCCGAGGAGCUGCUCGCCACCUUCCCCCUGCUGCAGGGCCUCCGCAUCAGCGGGGCCGAGGAGCUCCAGGACUGCCGGACGUUUUAGUGCCGGGGGCCGGUCAGCGCCCGCGGACCCAGCCUCGGGCCUCCCCCGCGGCCUGCAGGCGGCCAGGCC